AUGGAGAAUCUCUUCCUUCUGAAAGGAGUUUAUUCCCCAUGGCUAAGCCCCAGCUCUACUACUUGGGCAAUGAAUAUGAUCCUUGCCUUUGUGUGUGGAGUGGGGCUCUUCUUCCUUAUACUCCCCUUCCUCCAGGGGAACCCACCUUCACCACCACCACCCUCACCACCACUACCACUACAGAUAAAGACAAAUGUCAAAAAGUCUUCAUUUCCAGUUGGUAGAGCUGUCAAGAAGAAAGUGACAGAGACUCAGGAUCUGAUUUUACUUCUGGAAAGCAUGUUAGAGAAACUCGGUGGUAGCUGCAGCUUCAACCAGCUCAUAAGAGGAGAUGCUCCAGGUGAAACACUCAAAUCAGCUUCUGCUACACUCCAUCACCCACCUAGGGAGCCUGUGGAGGAUGCUGACACCGUGUCCCCCCUGGCUUCUCUGACUCAUCUGACCAAGGCCCUGCUGCCCAAAGCCUCUAUGUUGUCAUGGGGCCUGGUGACUUCCACAGAUUCACGUGGAUCACAGUCAUCCCAGAGGGCCUCUCAGCCAAUAGAGCCUUGGAUCCCUGAGGUACACCAUUCACACCAGCUACAUGCAGGUUCUUCUCCCCUAUCUCACCCUCCUGAUCCUGUGGCCUGCUUACCAUCCUUGCCAGAUUCACAGAGUGACUCAGUGGCCUUAUCAGUGGAGGCCACCCCACAGGGCUGCUCUCCCGUCCUAGCCACCAAGGACCUUGGUCACUCAAGUUGCCCUAUCUCGGACCCCUCUUGGGGACAGAUGGGUUCCAGGGCUCAAUGCCUCUCUAGCUCAUCACAUGGUGAAUCCCCGCCAGAGUCUCCUUCUCUGAACCCUUCAGAGGCCUCAUUCUGGACAGACCCCACACAUGUGCAGAGAGAAGCUGAAGGUCCCUCUUUCAUCAACCCAGAGGUGCAAAUCCUGCUGGAGAUACUGAUUAGCAAGAGAGCUGAACUGAAAGCUGUAACAGGGAAAGAAAACAAACACUCAGAGGAUGCCUUACAUUCUCUGGGGACUAUGUUCCCAUCACUGGUCAGUGAGCAGAACACCAGCAUCUCACAGCCCUUUCAGAACAGACAUGGAAGUACCAAACAGCGUCCUAGUGAUCAGCAGCUCUUUGACCCUAAGGUCUUUGGGGACUGCUUACAACAAACAUACACCCAGCUUUUCUGGGGCCUACCCUUUCUGCAUAGCGAGUCCCUGGUGGCUACUAUUAGGAUGUCUGGUUCUCGACUAGACUUUCCUUCUGUCCUAUUCAAUGGAGGCUCUACUCAUGUUCCAGGACAAGUUCCAGCUAACAUGUCUCCACAACUUUUUUCCCCCCAGCCUUUGCCCCAUCACUUGACCCAACCCCAAACUUUCACUCCAACAUUGACCUGGUCCCAACCUUCACCAAUGGUUGGGAUCCAGACCCAGGCUCAACUCUCAUCCCCUUCUCCUCCAGUCCUCCCAUGUCAUUCACCUACAGGUAUAGCCUGUGGAUUUUCUUGCCCUACCACCCAAAAGAAAUCCCAAUGGUCUAUUUCACCUGCUGCUCAAAAUUUAGAAUAUCAUCUUUUCAAGAAAUAUGUAGAAAGCAAGAGGGAUUUACCUACUAUAGUUAAAACGACUCAAGAAGUAUUUAACCAUCCCAAUGCCAACAGCUGGGCCUCCCCAAACCAGAGGUCUGUUGUCAACUACCCAGGGGUUUUUAUUAGCCCUGAGCUCCAGGAGCAACUAGAGAAACACCUUCAAAGGAGGUUCGCACAGCAACAAGGCCAAAUGCCCUGCAAGGUCCAGUUUUAUCUGGAUCUGACAGAGUCUCGGGACAGACUCCCAGUGACAAGACAGGCAAAUGGAAAAUAUGGAUCCUCAUGUUCCUUGGGGUUGACAGAGGAAAGUCACCAGCACGUACAAUGCGGCACAUCAAGAAGGCCAGAAAUACUUAAGGUAGGGAAUAAUUCAUGCAAGCGCUUGUGGAGGAGCCUGGAAGGCUCCACAUUUAAGGUGCUAGAGUCAAUUUCUGAGGCAGAGCCAGAAAGGGGCCAGAUGAGUUCCUCAAGAAGUGACUCAGGAAGUGCUUCCUCAGUGGGGCCAGGGAAGAAGCAUCUUGAAGGCAUCCUCAAAGUCCACGCAAGCAGGACGCUGGGGCAGAGCAAUGAAGGCACUGUUCCUCUGGGCAUCUUUCAUGGUGGGCUUUCUACCAGCCAUUCUUUGGCCCUUCAUGAAAAGCCAGAUACAGCCAUGGAAACUGGGAAUGAAUCACCCAGAAAUGGUCUGGUUACCUGGAAGAACACCUGCCAACAAUUUCCCUUUCUACAUCCUGGCACUCAGCAGGCACUGGAGGCGCACGUUAGGAGACUUCUGGUGAGGCACAGGUGGGGCCUACCCCUCAAGGUCCUCAAGACCGUAGGACUCCUCACUUUAAAAAAGGCUCCUGCCUCCUCGUGUUCAGAGCCUCAAUUCCCCUCUCUGACUACCAUGGACUCUAGAGCCAGCUCCAUUAACAAAGUGGCCAGUUUCGUAGAAGAAAUUGCUCAGAAAAGUCGUGACAUGGCAGCAAAAAAGGCAGCUCCCACUGUGCAGUAUCCUAUGAGCAUCACCUCUCUCAAAGCCCUGAGAGGGUCCCCAACUGAUGAUAACUCUAGGCCCUCCAAGGCUCCUCCAGCUGCCCGAGAGAACAGCCUGCCUUGUCAGCACCACACCUACAAACUUGUGAACAGAACCUGGCACAGUGAUACAGUCCUCGGGUCUAGGAUUGGCAUGCCAAACCCAAGUUCACAACCAGUCAUAGGGAGGAAUGAGCCACAAAAAAGUGGGGGUAUGGGCUCAAAAGACCUCUUUCAUAAGUUGUCAAUAUGGGAGGUGAAUGUGACAUCUCAGUCAUCAAAGACCAAAGACCUCAAAGAGAUGGCAAAGGCUAAGGAGAAGGAAGAGCCCUCAGACUGUGCACUGAGUCUGAGAGCCAGAGAGAUGGCAAAUUCCCAAACCAACCAUCAGAGUCUGAGGAACUUAGAGUCUCUGGAAACCAGCAAAAACUCACACCCUUCUAGAAUUUCUAUUUCCCAGAAUCCAGGAGACUCAGGCCUGAACACACCUCAGCACUCAACCACUGGUGUCAUGAUAAAAGAUUGCAGCACUGGUAAGCUCCUUCAAGACUGUGCCCCUCAGGAGCCACUUGCAGACAUCAUGGCUUCUCAGGCCUCUCUGUCCACCUCACAAAGCAUAUCUAGUAGUAACAGGUCAGUUUUCCAGGAGAGCUGCUGCGCUUACCCAUCAGAGGAAGGGAGCAGACCACAGAUCCACAAAUUCCAGGGCCCAUGGACCAACAGCAUAUUUGGCACAAUUGAUGAGAGCGAGAGCAGUAGGAGACCCAAAGCAGGACAGCAGGAAGGAAGGCUCAUAGAAUCGAGGCCCCCCCUAACCUGCAUGCAGAGCACCCCUACCCAGCUCAGAGAAGUUAAUGCCGUGAAGAAGAGACAGGCUCCUGUCACAAGGUCCUUUGGGGACAAAAUAAGAAACUUGAUUGCGAUGAUUCUCCCCAAUAGAAGCAAAGCUCAGGCAUAUUCCAUGCAAAAGGUCCCAAUCCCAUCAGUCCCUGCCCAAAGCCUAAGGUCAGGCAUGAGGAGAAAAUUCCAGCACAAUCAGCAGGUGGAAGCUCAGCAACUCAUGACCUCUGUAGGGCAGAUCUUAGAGGAAAAAAUGGGCAUUUACCAUGGGCAGUCUCCACCAAAGAAAAAUUUACACAGAGAAGAAACUCAGGCUCCAGUGCGUAGACAUGCUUCCCACCACAGGAGUACAUCUUCAAAGCAAAGAAGCAUGAAAGAAGAUAUGGGCUCUUGUCACCAAGCCAACCCCAAGGGACACAGCCAUGUUUUUAGAAACAAGGAGGUGAGACACAGUGAAAAUCGUCAGAUCCAGCAGUUCAGAGAGCCUGGGACCUCAGCCAGUCCCUAUCAGCAUGGGGUACAGGUGAUUAGCGAUGCUCAACCCAAGAAAUAA